AGACGAGACUAACUAAACGGACAAUGCAGCCACCGAAUCUGAUCCCAACGUCCCGUGACAGCAUCGACGCACCCUUUCACCUCGACUCGCCCUAAUCCACCGGAAGAGACGCACACGUCCAUUUGGGAUCCGAUAAGGAUAAGUUAUCGACCAUUCCUCUAUUGGCCAGGCCCCGUAUCUGCUUCGUGUCUCUCCGUCGUGUCCCGGACGCAGGGAUUUCAUAGUCGAGAAAAAUAAGAGCGAACAUGAUGACGCUGCCGACCGAUGAAGUGCCGCCGCCUCCGUCGUCUCGCGGCGGCUCCACGGCGCUAGUGGCGAUGACAGCCGAGCCGCAGGACUUGAUGGUGACCAGUGCCGAUCAGUCGGACUUGGAGCUGCAUCUACUGCAGACUUUCGCGGCCUACGCUGGCCAGCAACUCGUGCAGUCGUAUUUGAGUGUCAAGCACGCGUCGAGGGUGACGCGCUACCUGGCAGACAUGACGGAGAGCUUGGCCUCUCGCUCGGGUCUUGUCGCUCUGGUGCGCAUCCUGUUCAACCAGUACAUGAGGCUCGGCCAUCCAUUCGUGCAGCACGUGGACGACGCCAUGGGCAAGCGCGUUAUCGACGCGGUGGUCAGCAUCUUGAUGUUAGCGGAGCAACAACCAGCAGCCCACGACAACAAACCGGGCAUCUUGGCUCUCGAGGCAGACAAUAACAACAACAACGAAUCAGUCACAGAUGACCUGUCGGCCGCGACUAAGUUGUCGUAUGCCGAGCGGUUCCAGGCGCUACUGCUGGGUGAAGUGCCGAGGAUGGAGCAGGUGCUGGUCGAUGCGCGUCGUCAAGCUGAAGCGGAAGCACGCGCCAAGGCGGAGGAAGAGGCGAGACAAGCCCCGCCUCCGGUCGUGAUGGAUCUCAAAGACUUUGUGCCGUUGGACGAGGUGGCGCGACUCAAGGAGGAGAACAAGGGAGAGCUACUCAAAGCGUCGACGGAGACAGAUCGGCUUCGCAAACAGAUGAAGGAGCUCACAAGCGAGAAGCAGCGACUUGAGCAGCGACUGACGGACGUACACAACUACCAGGAGAGUGAACGUGGCCAGCGCUUCCAGGACAUGGAGGAGGAGCUGGCGCGAACGAAGCUGGAGGCCAACCAGAAGGCGCAUGACUUGCGCAAACUGGAGCUUGUUGUGGAGGCUCUACAGCGUAAGAAGAAGAAGAGCAAGAGCCGCAAGGGAGACAACCAGUCCACUGCGUCCGAUGGUGCGCCGCCGUCCCCUGUUUCUGAAAAGACAUCCAAGAAGAUCUACGAGAGCAAGCGCAGUAGCAUCACGGCUUGAGUCCGGCGGUCAAAUCUCUAGCUCUUGCGUAGAUGGUCAGUAGCGUACGAACAAGACAGGAAGCACUAGACUCGAACGAAUGAAGACGAGAAGAAAGACAAUAGCUUCUGCAUUCUCCCUUUCUCCCAUGCCCACAGCAACAACGUCAUAUAGAAGCGAAAAAGGUGUCUGCAUUCUGCCGUGUUACCUAUUUAAUAACCCCACGACGCCCUGCUCUUCUUGCUUCGUUUAGCUGGAAAUGCCCACGACGCCGUACGCCUUGAUGGCGCCAGCGUUGCCGUUCUGCAGCGACAGCUCGUGGCCGCCCUUGCCCAAGUCGUCCUCGCCGUCGUGCACCACAA